AUUCGUGAACAAUUAAAUUCCGUACUUAUAAAUUACAAAAUAUUCAUUGAUUUUUUAAAUGUUAGAAACGAUAAAUUCACAAAUAUGCUUUUAUGCGAUACUUCAAUACUUGUAUAUUGGUUCAUUAUAAUUUUAUAUUGUUUCAGAAAACUAAACUUUUAUCAUCUUCUGGUGCUGAUUUAAAAUCUGUGAUAGUUAAUAUCAUGACAAAAUUGUUCACAAGGAACGUAGCAGUCAAAAUAUCGCUCACUGCAACUUCGUACUUUAAACGUCCUACACUGCAAGUCACUAAUAAUAUCAAUCUUAAAAACAAAAACAUAUACAAACUAAUUAUAGAUGCCGUAAUGCAAUCAUUAAAAUGUGACGAAGAGCAGAUUAAUGCAUCAAUUCGUGCCUGGUUAGUACACAUCAAAGAAAAAUAUGAUGAAGCAGAGCAAACCAAAAAUCGAUUGCAGUAACGAUGAAUUUAUGAUCUAACAUAAUAGAUCUAAAAUGUUUUGUCAUAUCAAUUAAACGUAAUAACUAAUUUAUAAUGGUGGUGGUGUUUUUUUCACUUAGAUUUAACUGAUUUAAGACAGCGUUACAUUUUUAUUGAAUUAUUAUUCGAAGUAAUAUUUUAAAUAUAAGUUCUAUCCUAAUAAUCAAUAAUGCAUGUAUUAUAUA